GCGCCGUAUUCCUCUUAUUGGGCCCCACCGGUCGCAGCCCACUCACUUGAGCACCGUUGCUGUGCCUGCGGGGGGACUCUAUCUGCUUUUUUUCCCUUACCUUACACCCCUCCGUCCUAUUCUUUCUCUACACUCACUGUCUCUGUCGGACAUGCAUUAUUUCUCGCAGCUGUUCCAUUACGAUCACCCAUGGUCGCACGUCGUGAUUGGGAUGUGGCACAAAUACCCCAACCCGCACUGCUCUCAUGUCGUUACGAUUGAUGUUCUCGACCGCGACGUCGACCCGAGCACGGGGGUCAUUCGCACCGAGCGUAUACUCGGGUGCAAGCAGAAAGCGCCGAUUUGGAUCGUCAAACUAUUUGGAGGAUCGGAGGACGCGUUCGUUCGCGAAAUCUCGUUCGUGGAUCCCCGCACGCAAAACACAACCAUAACGUCCGUCAACCUUUCUCUGUCCCAGUUUGCCACGUGCCUCGAAAACAUCCGCUACUCGCCAACGGAGGAUGGGCGCACCGCAUUCACGCAGACUGCCGAGAUCCAGGCUCGAAUGGCUCUCUGGCGUGGAGCGGCAGACAAGCUGGAGGGCUGGCUGGUGCAGCGCUUCGAGCAGAACGCGCACCUGGGCAAGGUCGGAUUCACAGACGUUUUGCGGAGUAUGUGGGAGGCAAAGGAAGGGCAUCUAGCUCACUUAUGAAGAACAUUUGGCUCAACUUGACGUUGUUCUUUUUCCCUGGGCUAUCUGACUCCACCCGGUAGAGUGAGGCGGAUAUAGAAAAUAAAAGAGUCUACAGUGGGCUCUCCUCGGUCCUAUACCAUACAACAUUGUACUAUCC